UCUCUGAAACUGCAAGGUUUCCCUGUGCCAUGGCUGCCCACCUGCUUCUCAUCUGCACCCUGUUCCUGACCCUGUCUGGCGACACCGUCACAAGCUCCAGGGACACUGUGGUCCCCAAACAGCCCUUCUCCAUCAUCUGGAAUGGUGACACCCAGGGAUGCCUGAAGAACUAUAGCGUGAAUGUGGACAUAAGUUUCUUUGAUGUGUUGGUGAACCCAGGUCAAACAUUUCGUGGCCCUGACAUGACCAUUUUCUAUCGUGACCAGUUGGGCACCUACCCCUACUAUACAUCCACAGGGCAGCCUGUGUUUGGUGGCCUGCCCCAGAAUGCCAGCCUAGAUACUCACCUGGCCCAUGCAUUCCGGGACAUCCUGGCUGCCAUUCCUGCGUCAACUUUCUCAGGACUGGCAGUCAUUGACUGGGAGUCAUGGCGGCCACGUUGGGCCUUUAAUUUUGACUCCAAGAAUAUUUAUCGGGAAUGUUCUAAAGAUAUGGUCCAGAAAGAGCAUCCCCACUGGCCCCCUACCGAGGUGGAAGAGGCAGCCCGGAACCAGUUCCAGGAAGCUGCCAAGGCCUGGAUGAGGGACACACUUGAGCUGGGGCAGGGACUGCGACCCAAUGGCAUCUGGGGUUUCUAUCAAUUCCCCCAAUGCUUCAAUUAUGACAUUCCUAGCCCCAACUACACAGGCCAGUGUCCAUCAUUCAACUGUAAGGAAAAUGACAAGCUGGACUGGCUGUGGAAACAGAGCAACGCCCUCUACCCCUCUAUCUACCUGCCUGCCUCGCUGAAGGGCACGAAGAAGACACAGAUGUUUGUGAGGCACAGAGUGGGUGAGGCAUUCCGUGUGGCACUGAGUUCGGGGAACCCCAAUCUUCUUGUGCUGCCAUACCUUCAGGUCCUUUAUGUUGGAACAAAUGACUUUCUGCCGCUGGAGGAACUGGAGCACAGCCUUGGAGAGAGUGCAGCCCAGGGAGCAGCCGGAGUGGUGCUCUGGAUGAGCUCAAAAGAUUCAAGGACCAAGGAAUCAUGUGCGGCCAUCAAGAAGUAUGUGGACAGCACACUGGGGCCCUUCAUUCUCAAUGUGACCAGUGGAGCUCAUCUGUGCAGUGAAGCCCUUUGCUCUGGCCAUGGCCGCUGUGUCCGGCGCCCCAGCCACCCUGAUGCUCUGCUCAUACUCAACCCUGCCAGUUUCUCCAUCUACCAUCCUGAGAACGAGCCCAACACCCUGAAAGUGAAAGGUACCUUCUCACCAGAGGACCUGAAACAGAUGGCUGCAGAAUUUGAAUGUCGCUGCUACCCAGAAUGGAGUGGAACAGAGUGUGCGCAGCAGGGCACACUAUAA